AACACCAUUUCAACACGCACACCUACGCAAAACCUUCAUCCAAAAUCUUGAGCUCUCUUGUCUUCCCCAAAUGGCCAAGGAAAGCCUUCUCAUCCUGCUACUAAUGGUGGUUGCCACAAACAUGGCAGCCGCGUCAGUUACCACCAGGAAGCUCAUGUUCCUGGUCCAGCCCCAGCCCAACCAACUCACGUACCACAACGGCUCCGUGCUGCAUGGGGACAUCCCCGUCUCCGUCCUCUGGUACGGCCGCUUCACGGCGGCGCAGAAGGCCAUCGUCUCCGACUUCCUGGUCUCCCUCUCCGCCGCGCCGAGGGCGGCCCCGGCGCCGUCUGUCUCCCAGUGGUGGAGCAGCAUCCACCAGCUGUAUCUGUCCAAGGCGGCGGCCACCGUUGGCAAGAGUGGAGGACAGAGCACAGGCGUUGCCAAGAUCGCGCGGGUGGUCCUGUCCGGCCAGGUCUCCGACGAGGCGUGCUCGUUGGGAAAGAGCCUGAAGCUGUCCCAGCUCCCGGCGCUGGCGGCCAGGGCAAGGCCUGCGAAGGGCGGCAUCGCGCUGGUGCUGACGGCGCAGGACGUGGCCGUGGAGGGCUUCUGCAUGAGCCGGUGCGGGCGGCACGGGCCCGUGGACGCGAAGGCCGACACAGCGUACGUCUGGGCAGGAAACUCGGCGACGCAGUGCCCCGGGCAGUGCGCGUGGCCGUUCCACCAACCGGCGUACGGGCCCCAGUCGACGCCGCUGGCGCCGCCGAACGGCGACGUGGGCAUGGACGGGCUGGUGAUCAACGUGGCCAGCAUGGUCGCCGGCGCGGUGACCAACCCGUUCGGCGACGGGUUCUACCAGGGCGACCGCGCCGCGCCGCUGGAGGCCGCGACGGCGUGCCCGGGGGUGUACGGCAAGGGCGCGUACCCAGGAUACGCCGGUCAGUUGCUGGUUGACACGGCCACCGGGGCUAGCUACAACGCCAACGGCGCGCACGGCCGGAAGUACCUGCUCCCGGCGCUGUUCGAUCCAGCCACGUCCGCCUGCUCCACGCUGGUGUAGUAAUAGUACGUGCUGGCACACAGUACCACAGUGGUAGCGACGAGUGAUCCUAACAGCGAAUCUGGAUGCUGCUAGUCCUGUAGUGCAUAUAUGUGUAAAUAGUUCGCCCAUAAGCUCGGCCUACUCAGUACUACGUAUUUUCUAAAUUUGUCUAUGUUAAAUAAAAUGGUGAUAAUUAAUUUGGAUCA